AUGACGAAUUUGCAGCAUGUAGCUCUUUUCAUGUUCCUGAUCUUCUUGCCAAUGGGUAGGGAUGUAGUUUUGUUACUUGUUUCUCAGUGCCUUGCAUUAAGUACGUUUAAUUUAUCUGCCAAUAGAUUCGCUUUCAUGUUGACAAUUGCGAAGCUCGUAAAGAACCAGAAUUUGAUAAAUUUACGUUUUGAUCAUGACGAGUCAUCGUUGAAAACUGAUGUGUAACAACUAAUCCUGGCUCGGACGCAUAAAGCACCUUUUAAUGAGUCCUUACCAUAGCUUUCUGUCUUAUUUGUACAAAACACAGUGAAAACACCGGGCGUAUUAGAUGUCGUUAGCAUACGGAGUUGUUCGUAGGGUGUGCGCAAGGAAUUAAGUUCUUCUGGUGCGGGUGUGUUCUAUUUACUGCAUGGAUCACUUUUUAUCUCGACGUCUUCGAAUCAUCAUAUCUGAGUUGAUUAAUUACUGUUAUCUUCCUUUUCCUGUUUUAGUAGGCAGCAGUUUCUUUGCUUUUAUUUUAUAACAGCGUGCGUCAGUACUCUUUUCUGUUUGAAGACUGCUUGCAUUACCUAUUAACGUGAAAUAGUUUUUAAAAAGUUAAGAUUCAAGACAACCGCACACUAGGAAUUUGCAUGGUGAAUGCUCGACUCAGCAGGUCCUAAAGUUUGUUUGCUUUUUUUUCUGAAUACAAUUUUUAAAAAAACAGUUGCUAAUAUACGCAAUGGUUAGUUUUAUGAUAUCAGAACUUUGUAUCCUGUUUGCUACUCUAGCUAAAACAUUACAUGUUUUUAAUAUCAUGACAAGUGCAAAAUUAUUGUCUCUUUUAAUUAUUGGUAUGUUGCAACUGCACGUUGUCUCAGGGUAGAUUUCAGUAGGUAGCUAUGGCUUCAUGCAAACACAUUGCGGAGACUAAUGAUCAAUCUGUAGCAAAGAAUUGUUGGCCUUUAUUGAUCGAAUUCUUCUAUAAUUAAUUUCCACUGCAGUGAUUUCCCGAAAAUGUUAUCAGUGUACCAGUACGCAAUCUUUCCAAGAUUGUGACGCCGGACGAUACAAAGUAAGGUGUUUGUACUCCCAGUACUGUACCAAGGUAAGCGUCAACAUCACAUCUGGUAGCAUCACGGGCGAGGGAUACGCUAAAGGAUGCGCUAAGACCUGCUCAGCAUCAGCUGUUCCACAAUGCAACAAACCCGGAGUCAAGUGUGAAAUGAAUUGUUGCUCUUCUGACUACUGCAAUGGAGCCUCAGGUCCUAUGGUCAGCGGGAUUCUUUUAAUUGCCAGCUUCACUGCCAGCUUUAUGUAUCUGUUUGGAUGUUAA